AUGGGUGACAAGGGAGACGCAGCCAAGAAGCAGCCCCAACCUCCAUUACCACCACAGCAAAAGCAACAGCCAGUUUCGUCUUCUCCCAAAGACCCAGUACUCGAGGAAGCAACAGAAACAAUAUCACACCAUCACCAAUCUUCACCGCCGGUCCUCCCCACCGGAGGAGUUUCUCCAUUUAUCUCUGCCGCCCCGGAUCUUUAUGCUCCAAGCGGUGCAGUUUCAUCAUCGUUUGAACAACAAUUUGAGGUUGUGAAUCCAAAGAGAGCUCGAUGUACUGGCCAAUGGAAGCAGCUUCUACCAUCCCCAAACUCACAUCAUCAAAAGCAGACGCAGUUGGCAAUACAAAGCACGGAAUCAAGCCCGUCACCAACGAAACUUGCAACCAACCCACGAAGCCGAGAACCCGAUAUCACGGCUGCUUCCUCCUCAGAUACGGCGUCAUCUCCUUCACGCUCUACUUUGCGUUCUUUGUCUGCUGCCUCUGGCCAGGACACGAACAAGUCAGAGGGAGAGCAAGUCCACCAUCAAACCAGGAAAGGGAAAUAUGUAAGCGCAGUCUGGAAACCCGAUGAGAUGCUUUGGUUGGCAAGAGCUUGGAGGAUUCAGUACCAAGGUGGGUCUGAAUCGGAUGGGUCUGGUUCAUCUUCAAGAGUGGGGUACUUAGAGAGUGGUCAGACAAGAGGUAAAACUAGAGCCGAUAAAGAUGGAGAAGUCGCUGAUUUUCUUCAAAGACAUGGGGUCAAUAGGGAUGCUAAAACAGCAGCAACGAAGUGGGAUAAUAUGUUGGGGGAAUUCCGGAAGGUUUACGAGUGGGAGAGGGGAAGUGAGAGAGAAGUUGGAAAGAGUUACUUUAGGCUUUCUCCUUAUGAGAGGAAGCUCCAUAGAUUUCCGGCUUCGUUUGACGAAGAAGUUUUUGACGAGCUUUCGCAGUUCAUGGGGUCUAGAACGAGAACUUCUCUAAGUAGUAGAGUAAUCAGUUCAGGAAUUGUCGGCAUGGAUGAUACUCGCAAAGCUCUUGCUGGGGCAAAAGCCCUGCCUCCACCUCCUUCAUUCAAAGAAGAUGAGCUCCCUCUCUCGGCUCAGGCAAAACAACUGGUUAUGACCGGUGGAAGUGAACGGCCUGCAUUCCAUGGUACCAGAGGUACCUUACUAGGGUUUGAGCCUUCUCUAGACAUUGUAGGCGCUUCGUCUUCAAAAGAGCUCCGUCGAAUUGGAAAGAUACGAAUGGCAUGGGAAGAAUCAGUUUGCUUAUGGGCCGAAGAAGGUGAGCACCACAGGGGGAGAGUGAGGUUUCCAGGCUCAAGUUUUUUGAAGGCGGAUGAGCUCAGUUUUUUUGACGAUGACAUGGUCCCAAGCACCAUGGAAACCUUCGAAGAUGGUCCUCUUAGAGGCUUCUCUGUGGAUAGAUUCGUUCCUGGAAAACAAGUCAAAGUUUUCGGCAGAAGAAAGUCUUCGUCUGCCACAGCUUCUUUUGGUACGUACUGUUGUACAAUUAAGUUGCCUCUCUUAAACACUACUCCUUCAUGGGAACUUCAAGAUCCGUCGGAGUACUACUUAGGGUGCCUCCGAGUUCCGCCAUCCACACUACCAAGCUUGUUUGAGUUGUCAUGGCACUUACAAGAGCCACCAGCUGAAGACUUGCGUUUUCCACUGCGAUGGGAUGUUUACCGUGACUUACCUCAAGAGAAAGAGCUUUUCUUUACAACCUCUACCGAUAUGUUAGACUGUCGAGCCAUCACCUACGAUAUUCUUGGCCCAAUUAUACGACAUAACCCUAGUAUCAGUGGUACCACUGCCUCGUGUAGAGACGCUUUUAUUGGCCUUUGGGAUGAUUGCAUUAACAGGAUUGUGUCUAAGUUUUGUUCUGUUGAAAUGGUUGUUAUAAGAAAACCCUCUUCAGCAUCGGAGGAAAUGUUGCAGGAUCAAUGGCCGAAUGUGACAGGUUUCGUGAGGAACUUUUGCUUAUGGAGAGGAGAGGAGGCUGAUCAAUUAAGGGAUGGAGCCUUGGUGCCCUCGUCUUCCAUAGCGGAAAAGGUUCUGUGGACCUACACAGAUAUUCCUUACAUCUUGGGCUACUAUGCUGUUGGAUAUUUGGUCACCUUUUGCGCAUUAAGCCGCGGACGUGACCGGAUUAUCCGAACGGAUUUGUGCUCCCUUGACCUAUCUUCACAGGUGGAGAGACUCAAAGCCCUAGUUCCAUGUUACAGAAUUGCUGGCCUAUUGCCAUUGCUUGCAGACAGGUGCUUCAGCAGCUUCAAGAACGGUGGAAAUCUUAAGCUAUUUGCUUAUAAUGAUUUUGAGAGGGUUGAUAUGGGAAAUGGAAUUGUCAUCGAAACGACACCAAACACUGUGACUCGGCUUUUCUCGAGCAAAAGAAAAUGGGCUGCAGUGAAGGAAAUCUACGAUUUUCUUGAUCACCGAAUCCCACACGCGGAAUCCAUUUUCCGAUCAUCCGAGAGAGAUCUGGCAUUGGUGUUUAAGCCAAGAGGGUGCAAAUUCAAACCUACCAAUAGUGAUCUACUCGUAGAGGCUCUCAAGUACGUGACCAAGGCUCUGGUGGCACUACAUGACCUAUCUUUCGUGCACAGAGACUUGGGUUGGGACAAAGUGAUGCGACGAAACGACAGGGAAAAUGAGUGGUUCGUGUGCGGAUUAGACGAGGCAGUGGGUGCACCACAAAUAUAUCCACAUAGGAUGCCAGCAGAGGCGGCGCGUAUCCGGUACGCGCCGGAGAUGGGAAGAGGAUUACAUGGGGUUAAAGUAGACGUAUGGGGCGUCGGUUAUUUGAUAAAAACGUGUGGGUUGGCUGGGGUCCCGAAGAUGGUGAGAGAGCUUCAGAACCGGUGCUUGGACCCGAACCCAGACCACAGGCCGACUGCAGCGGACUGUUACCACCACCUGCUUCAGCUGCAGUCAUCUCUGUCGGCGGGUGGCUACUGA